CCCUUCAUUUCGGCUUUUUGGGCGAGUGAGGAAUGGUGGGCCGCUGGACGUCCGACGAGGUGCUCGCUGCCCCCGCUGUCCUGCUCCUGCCCGCCCUGGUGGUGCUGCUGACGGUGCUGGUGGUGCGGAGGGUGGUGGGCAGGCGGGCCUCUGCCCCCUCCCUGCCCUGCCUGCCCUCCCUGCCCAUCCUGGGCAGCCUGCUGAGCCUCAGGGAGGACCUGCCCCCCCACCUGCUGUUCACCAGCCUGGGACGCAGGUACGGGGACCUGUACGCCCUCUACCUGGGGCCCCACUACACCGUUGUGGUCAACAACUUCAGGCACGCCAGGGAGGUGCUGCUGCAGAAGGGGAAGGAGUUCGCAGGGAGGCCCAAAAUGGUAACCACUGAGCUCCUGAGCAGGGAGGGUAAGGACAUCGCCUUCGCGGACUACAGCCCGCUGUGGAAGUCCCACCGCAGGCUUGUGCACUCCUCCUUCUCCAUGUUCGGAGAGGGCACCAGCAAGCUGCAGACAAUCGUGUGCGAGGAGGCCACCAGCCUGUGUUCAGACCUGCUGACGCAGGCGGGGCAGCCCCUGGACCCGGGCCCGGUGCUCAUGCGGGCGGUGACCAACGUGGUGUGCACCCUGGUGUUCGGCUCCACCUACCAGCCCCAUGACCCUGAGCUCAAGGUCGUGAUGGAUUACAACACCGGCAUCGUGCAGACCAUAGCCAGGGGAAACCUGGUGGACAUCUUCCCCUGGCUGAGGAUUUUCCCGAACAAGGACCUGAAGAGACUGAAAGAGUGUAUUACAGUGAGGGAUGAGCUGUUGAACAGGAAGCUGGAGGAACAUAAGGCUGCGCAGGCGAGCGGCGGCUCCGAGGACCCCCGGGACCUGCUGGACGCGCUGCUGAAGGGCAAGAGCAGCGCGGGGGGGGAGACCAGCAUCACGGACGACCACGUGCUGAUGACCGCCGCGGAGGCCUUCGGCGCCGGCGUGGAGACCACCACCACCACGCUGCUCUGGGUGCUGGCCUUCCUGCUGCACAACCCUGAGGUCCAGGAGAAGAUCCACCGGGAGCUGGACGAGCAGAUCGGACGCGACCGCUCACCCACCCUCGCGGACCGGGGGAGGCUGCCCUACCUGGAGAGCACCUUGAGCGAGGUGAUGAGGAUACGGCCGGUCAGCCCCGUGCUCAUCCCCCACGUGGCCCUGCAGGACACCAGCAUAGGAGGCCACCCCAUCCAGAAGGGAACCCGCGUGCUGGUGAACAUGUGGUCCAUCCACCACGACCCACAGCAGUGGGAGGAGCCUGAGAGGUUCAUGCCAGAGCGCUUCCUGGACGGCGAAGGUAACCGCUUCUCCCCGCCGUACUUCCUGCCCUUCGGGGCGGGGCCGCGGGUCUGCGUGGGCGAGUCCCUGGCGAAGCUGGAGCUCUUCCUGUUCGCCACCUGGCUGCUGCAGCGGUUCACCUUCAGCCUGCCGCGCGGGGUCCCCCUGCCCGACCUGCAGGGGCGCUUCGGCGUCGUCCUGCAGCCGCUGAGCUUCACGCUGUCCGUCAGCCCGCGCUUCGCCUGGGCCGCCGACCUCGGGGUGUGACGUCGCCGCGCCGACGUUUCCAUCACCGUGCCGACGUUACCGUCACCGUGCCGACGUCAACUCGCGUGGCUGCAUUGAAUCGGUUUAUAUUUUUUAAAUCAUGAAAUUUAUUAGGCCUACAAAUAAGGUUUACUGCACAAUGCACUCACGCAUUUCAUCAACGAUUGUUAAAGACCACUUUUAAGUGCCUCGGAUCAGGUUUGACAGGCUAUUCAGUAAGCCACUCUUAUUACAUCAUACAUGCUAAAAACAACCCAGUUGCCUAGAUUGGUAGGCAGACUCAUACAUUAUGAUUAUGGCUCAACUACCUACCGUAUAUCAAAUCAGUCACCUUGAAAGAAAGUCAGUUUUGCAUGAAUUCAAAGAGUGUUGUUUUUUGAUCCAUAUUCAUUAGCUUACGCUAUAAAAUCAUACAGCUUAAGACUUUGUACCAAAAUUCAAACUGUUAUUGUUGCUUCAGACAAUCACAUUAUCUUGAGUAAUAAGCACACGGGAGUUUCCUUUAAUCUUUACUUCCUAAUCAAUAUUAUGAUUUAUUUGAUUGAUUUUUUUUUUGUUCGUUUGUUGUUGUAUUUAUUGUGAUCAGAAUCCUUUGUAAUUGCUGUUCAGCGUACUUGUGAUGUCCCAGGUUUGGUUAAGAUAACCGGAUCCAAAGUCCCACACCUAAACGCUACAGGUCAGCAAGGCCACCAAGUUCAGUUCUCAUAUCAAUAAUCAUAACACAUCACGUAAUCAAAACAUUAUUCUGUAUAUGACACUUAUCUCUGCAUAAACACAGUCAUGAAAGGCCAUUGGCCACACUAAGGCACUACAUUAGAAUGCCAUACUCCUUUAAUUACUUUAUUGUAAGGCCAUGUUUUUAACAGGUCUGUUCAAACUAGAACCUAACUCUGCUCCAUUUUAUGCGUCUUGUUUUUUUUCCUGCAAAAGCAACCAAACUCUGCUCAAAGAUAAAAAUAAAACACUCACAAUGGG